UCGGCUGGGGUUAUUUUAUACCCAACAAUAUUGAUUUUGAGUUAUUAAGCCUCUUAUGGAUUAAUCAUGUGUUUGGUUUUCCUAAUAAUAUAUUAUAGAAAACUGCGACUUCAAACCCAUCCAAUCAGAUGUGACUUUUUAAUGUUGUCAUUUCCGACUAUUUCCCAAGACAUUUUUAACGUUUUUAUCUGGUACUAAUAAUCAACAUUAAUUUUUCAAAUUUGCAUAAUUAAAAUUAAUCUUGUUAUUUUUUUGAUGGUCUUAUCCUCACAUUGUACUUUGAUAGUUUGUGAAUUAGACUUUUUUGAUUUGCGGAAAUAUAUGUCAAGGUUUUGUUCACCAUGACUCUUGUGCUGCUGACAAUGUUAAGUCUUUUAUGUUAAAGAAUAUACUUCUCACUUGAAUUUAAUUAAAGAUAACAUAGAUGAAAGAGGCAUAGGGGACAACAUAUGAAUAAGCAUCCGCAAUCAUUCUAAAAUAGUGUUCUCUUAUCAACCCUCCUGCUAUGUUGCAUCAUGUUGAAUGUAAAUAUUUUCACCACUUAAAUUUCCUCCUGUUCUCCUGGUAGCAAUCUCAAUGCUACUGUGUAAUUAUAGUGCAAAAUUGAUGGUCAAAAGGGCAUCGUUGGCCCGAAGUUCUGGUUUUUCUCAUCUUUUGAUGGAUUCUUUUAUUCUUCCUUUCCCACUUAUCUCUUUAUUCUUAUAAGCCACCCUUUGUGGGAGACAUGUUUCAGACAACAAACUGAAACUGUUCGUGUAACAUCAUGCAGAUUUUUAAGGGAGGGUUCCUUUUGGAGUUGGACCUUACUAGGGUGCCUGGGGAGUGGAUUAAUAAUAUUAAGUCUGGUGAACUUUUAGUUCCAUAAUAUAUGUGAAGCAGAAUCCAAGGUACAUAAAUUUUAGGAGAGGGGAUCACAAUGUAUGGGCAGGGGAAUGUAAUGAUUUCAGAGAUAUUGAAGUGGGAAAAUUCUCCCCGGGAUUUGCACUGAUCAAUGGCAACUUUUAUUUUCCAUGAACUGUUUGUCCAAUCUAGAAUAAUCACUCUGUUAUAGUAUGAACCGGAGUUCAAGGUUAAAUGUUGGUGAUGACUGGAGCAUUGAAGUUUAACCAACAGUAGCUAUUACUUGUUACAAUUAUAUACUUCUUUUACUCGCACUUAUGACUAUAUAUUGUUCUACUUCCAGCUAAACUUGAGCUCUAGCUCUGAGUCUACUGUGGAGAAUGACGGGGGAGCUUCCAUCACUAUAUGUGCCACAAACUUUGUUGAGAUUAUUGAGCCCCUUUCAAAGUUGAAUAUGGAUGAAGAUAAUCAUGGGAAAGCAAUCACCUUGGACCACAUUCCAACUGACAAAAGUCCUGUUGUUUUAUCUGAAGAAUGUCCUAAUGCUCAAGCAUUGAUGCCUGAUAAGAAUGUUGAUGGUUGUACACAUUGGAGAUCAGUUUUAUCAAAAAAUGAAGUUUGGUAUGGCAGUUAUGGAUCAAAUAUGUGGAAACCAGGGUUUCUCUGCUACAUCAAAGGUGGAAAGGUGGAAGGUAUGAAUGAACCAUGUCCUGGAUCACAAGAUAAAAGUUCACCAAAAGGUGUCAUCUGGAAAACUGUGCCCCAUCAGCUAUUCUUUGCAAGAUCUCUCACCCGCACAUGGGGUAAAGGAGGAGUUGCUUUUCUUCAUCCUGAAAGCAACAAAAAUGACAAAGCCUACAUGUGCAUGUAUAGAAUAACUUCAAUGAUGUAUUGCUUCAAGAGAAUAGUCUACAUCAAGAGAAUGGUAAAAGUCAAGGUGCAGGAGCAACUUUAUUGGAUCUAUCUGAUAUUGGUGUUGUUGCUGAAAACAAGUCAUUGCCUCUAGAGGCUCUCAAGGUGCUCAUGCUCAGAGAUUGAUCAAUUUAGAUCUGGUGAAUUACCUAUAUCUGGCCCUUCAAAUGAUUACAUGAAUACAUUAGUGAGAGGAUUGGUAGAAGGGAAACAGAUUACCAGAGAGGAAGCAAUUGCUUACAUUAAUGAUGCUGCUAUGAGAGAGUUAUAAUUACUCCUUAGGCCUCUCAUUUUUUGCAUAGCAAGCUGUGUAGGUACAAUGAUUAACACUGGAUCAAAAGCAUACAAGCUCAAUUCUUCACUGUAUAUAGCUUGUGUUUUAGAAGUUUUUGUAUGAACCGCACAAAGAGCGUUUGAUUAGAAGAUGUC